CCCACGACCCACGUACACCCCGUGCAUACAGUCUGGCUGCCAGCAGCAGCACCAGAAACAUCGUUUCGCUCUUACACCGUAUUUUUGUAUUUAAAGUCAUUUCAAUUCAUGGAUCAAAGGAAUUAAUUACGCAAUUGAAGGCUCCGUUCAAACGUAUUUAUCACAGCUGUGUCAUCGAGGCUAUUCAGUUAUUUAUUUUUGUUAUUAUUAUUAUUUUUUCCGUUUCUUUCACGGAUAAUAGUGUGUGUUUACUUCUGAAAAAGUUUGUGACUCGCUGGCAGUUCCGCGGUUUCUAGCUGAAAUUAACCAGGAGUUUAUGAAUUGAAAUAGUGAGUGCGAUUGAUUUUGUUUGAGUUUGAUUUUGUGUAGCAGUGCUUCCUGGGGAUAUUGUUUUUCUCCCCCUGGAUUUUUCUGAUUAAUUUUUUUUUUCAAUUCGUCGGAGGAAAUCCGGGAAAACGUGUUGGGUCGCUCAAGGCUGCGGAAUUUCUCGCUGUAGAGGAUAUCGGAGGAAAUAUUGAGAGAGAGAGAGAAAAAAAAGGGGGAAGUGCUCGGGGUUUUGGAGCGACACUGAAAUGACGCGCGAGUGUAAACAAGCGAUUUUGAGUGGCGCGAUUCGUCCGCGUGUGACGUCACGUGUCUGAAUGAAAUUUUGUGAUUUUUCACGUGAAUCAGUCGGUGAAUUGAGGGUGAGGUACGAGUGGGAAAUAUUUGAGUGAAAGGUGACUGGUGAGUUUGAAAUAAAAGCUAACGGUGAAAGGACACGGUUUAAAUAUUGAAGAAUUGAAAAAUGAUACUGAGGAAGAUAGCGGGAAUCUCCGGGUGUCUUCGGUACUGUUAAUGACUCGUCCUCGGGAUAUUGCUUGUGGUGGGAUUUGACGAGUCCUGAAGGAGUCCAUCCCGACCAGACCAGUUGAAGACUUUCCGGUAAUUAGAUCUCCAUCCCGUGGCAAUGACAGACCCACAGCUGGCGAACAACAACAACAACACAAGUACAAACAACAACAACGAUGGCGAGCCAAAGUACCUUCACAAAAAAUUCAAGAAAAUGGCAACGACUGAGGUGGUGGCACCCCUGGAAGUCCAGGCGGAAACUCCACCGCUUCCGACGCCACCAGCCCCUUCAGAACCACCAAAAAAUCGUGACCCACCGAGGCCAACGAAAGAGUCUUCCAAAGGCGAUGAUUUUGCCGCAGAGGCCAACGAAACAGAGCCAGCAGAGUCAAAAAAAUCCGGUUACGUAUGUCCAUAUUGCAAGCUCUCUUGUGCAAAGCCAAGUGUCCUCCAAAAACACAUCCGGGCGCACACCAAUGAACGUCCGUAUCCUUGUGUACCCUGUGGCUUUGCCUUCAAGACUAAAUCAAAUCUCUACAAGCACUGCAGAUCACGAGCGCACGCCUUAAAAAUGGAGGGUGGAGACACGGGAAAAGUUUCUGAAGACUCAGACGUGAGUCUCUCCGACAGCGCAAGUAACGGUACAGGCACACCACCACCGCCUCCAUCCUCAACUCCAUCGACACCGACAGUCCAAAAUCCAAAAACCAUAAAGACUGGAAAGAUUUACAAGCCAAAGUUUCACACAGCUCUCCAAUGCGUGAACAACGAGCCAGAGAUAACACCGCCUUCCCCACCGAGCUCUUCCAACGGCUCUACAUCAGCAUCAGUCAAACCAAAUUCUGAUCAAUUGCGAGAGCACAUCGAUAAGAUAAUAACGGAUAAUGAAGCGAUAGUGUAUAAAAAGGACCCUGAGCUGUUGAGACUGUUCUCGAGAAAUCGACACUGGCUUGGAUGGAGAAAUGACAAUUCGAUGAGUGAAGAGUCACAAACGAGGAAGCGUUCAUACAGCGAGAGCUGUGCACAGGAUGAAGGAAAUCCCAGUCAGCCAAAUGGCGAUGGUUCUAUAAUAAAGGAUCUUCUCUUGAAGACCAGAACUGAGACACCAGAGCAGACAGAUGUCAGCGCUGAGGACAGCUUCACCUGUCCCUCCUGCAGGAUAUCCUAUGCGAGUUCGGAUAACCUCGAGGCGCAUCGAAGGUACUACUGCAAAGGUGGAGACUCCCCAAAACGAGACUUCCAAUUAGAAUUGGAAAAGAAAGAGGACUACGAGGGCAAAUCAGAUUUCUACAACACAGUGCAGCCACUACCCUCUCCAGGGCCUCUCUUAGGAAAUACUAGGCUAGUGGAUGCUUAUGGGCCACCACCGAAGAAACGAACAGAGAAUGUACCCACGACACUCCGAUCAUUGGAGGAGCUGUCCAAGUAUCCAAGACCAAACUCCCUGCAGAUGUUCGGCGGUGAGGUGAGAAUUCUUGAUAAUACAGGUGAGACGAAAACCAUGAGAAUUGAACCAAGACAGACAAAUUCACCCCCAAACGAUCAUAAUGUUAAUAAUAAGUGCGUGACAACUGAAACAUCAUCGAUAGUGGUGCGAUCAGGUCUUCACUCGGGUGGUACAAUGAUGCACAAACCACCAGGCACACCCUCGACAACCCCAAGUACCUCAAUAUCUCUGCCAAACACACCAAAGAUGUUGGCACCAAUCAUACCAAACAUAUCAACACCCAAUCUAGCCCCAAAAAUGUCAUGCUACAGUUACCUAGAGCCACACUUGAAUCCACUGACAAGUAUCACUGCCUACAAUCCUCUGACCUUGCCGCAAGCAGGUAUAGCUAGUAUUCUUCACGGUGGCAAGGUGAUACCUUAUGUUCCUGGUAUGCCUGGACCGCAUACACUGUCAACGACAGUAGACAUAUCACCAGUGACCAGUGGCACCACUGGCUACAAAGUCAUUCCAGGCAUUCCAGGUCUCCACAUGAUUCCACAACCACUGGAUCUGGCGAGUCCAGUGCGGGGACAGACACCAAGUGUACCUGGCAUACCCGGGCCAACGUCUAAUGCCCAGAUGAGCAUUGGCCAGCCCCUGGAUCUCGCCAGUCCAGCCAAGGAUUCGAAGCCUGGCUUCAAAAAUCCAAACAAUGGUGUUGUCAGUCCUAAAGUACCUGCCAAACUCGAGGAGAAGUACAAGAGCCGUUUGGCAUCGACUCCCACUGGUGAAUUACCCAAGAGUGAGCCUGAAAGGCAUCCCAAGAAUGUGGGCAAAUACAAGAUCUUGGUUGACAACAGUGAGAAGGUUCAAUCUGUUGAGAGAGUGAUUUACUCGAAUGGGCUCGAUCCUGUUAACUCGUUUCCCACAAGAUCUCCACCGAGGGAUAUAUCGAUCAAAUACGACUCACCUCCACCCCAGGAGAACGGUGUGAUCAAGCAAGCUUCUCCAGAGCCGUACGUUGCCAAUGGCGCCAGAAUGAGGCCUGACAGUGGUCCACCAGUCAUAAUAAUGAAUAUUGAUCCCCCGAUGCCUGAGAGUUCCCCCGAAGCACUGCCAUCAGCUUCGGAUUUGAAAGAACCAUCGCCGGAUGACGAACCAAAUCCAAAAUUCCUUCGUCCAACCUCACUUCCUUUGAAACCCGGUACCUUCACGCCAAAGCGUCACCAUGGUAUCACACCCACAGCCAAUACACUUCCAUUGAUAAGCCCAGAAACACCAAGACCGAAGAAAUCGUACGGUCAACUGUACCUGAACGGUCACGCCUAUACCUAUCUGGGGCUCAAGUGUUCGACAAGAGUCUUCUACUGCACUCUCAAUAGGCCCCAGCCGAUGUACGUGAGUCAACAGCAUGGAUUGUCGAUGUACUCCAACUGGAAGAUCUGCAAAGAGACACCACCGGAUAUGGACAUGGCUCAUUAUGACUCCAGACACAGACCAGCGAGUUACACAGUUGCCUGGAAGAAACAGGAGGACAUAAUGACGCACUCGUCACAACGACCGAACACUCCAACGAGCCCCGACAGCGGUUUGGAAAGUGAUACACAGGAGAAGACCCGAAGAGUGAAGAUCUUCGAUGGUGGUUUUGAGUCAAACGAGGAUUACACUUACGUGAGGGGACGGGGCCGGGGUCGAUACGUAUGCGAGGAGUGCGGCAUCCGGUGCAAAAAACCUUCAAUGCUGAAGAAACAUAUCAGAACACACACGGAUGUGAGACCUUACACCUGCAAGCACUGUUCCUUCAGCUUCAAGACUAAAGGAAAUUUGACGAAGCACAUGAAGUCGAAGGCUCACUACAAGAAGUGCGUGGAAAUGGGGGUGACACCUGUUCCCACGUCUGUCUGUGACGAGAAUAUUGAUAAGGAGGCAAUUGCCAGGCUUGUGGCUGGUGGUGCUAAUGAGGAGUCAACGGACGAAGACGAGGAGUCCGAUGGGGAUGAAAGCGAUGAGUCCGGAAGUGAGGAGCAUGAGGCAGCGCAGAGUCUUUUGAGCCUCUCGCAGACGAGCUCAAAGAGACUUCCCGGUCUUCUACCUGCUGGCAGACCAACCACCUAUCCGUAUGCCCUCACUUUCCCCACCACAUCCGUGACAACGUCACUCGUCUCGACGACAGCCUCUGUCUCUUCUGUUUCCUCCGUUUCCUCUGUUUCCUCUGUUACUGUCACAUCGACGACAGUCAUUCAGUCAGAGGUAUCUAACAGGUACUAUUUCCCCUCAACUCGGGGUCCAGUCCCAGAGGAGACCAGGGACAGUGUUAUCAGGUCGUCCAAGGUGGAGGACUCUGACGUGGAGAUGGAGGAGGUCGUGUCGAGACAUCAGCCCAUGGAUCUAACGACCAAAACGUCACAGACAGCGGAGGGAAGGAGACCGGUGGACAUCCUCACACCUGUUUCUGGACCUGUACUCAUGCAAGCGAUCGUUCACACUAUGGAGAGGUUGCCCCUUCAGGGUAGAGAGUGGAAACCCGAUGAGGGGCACAUGCUCCAGGCUUAUUUGACCGAGAGACACGUCAUGGAUAGCAAGAUGAAGCUGCAGUACAGAGUGGGAACUUGCAAGAAUGACAAGCAAGUGGUUUACUCCAAGGAGUUCACUAGCUCUAGGGGAUCGUACUCCAGUAGUACUCCUACAGUUACUUAUACUGAUCCCAGUAGGAUGCAGGGUGUUGUUGAGAGGGAAGAGGUGAAAGUGGAGGGGAGGCAUGAGAGGAGGCCGUUUGAUAUCGAGUCUUUGAGGCUUGUUUCACCGGAGAGGGAGAGCCAGGACGUCAGGAUGAGGAGUGAUCAGAUGACCGGGCAGGUGAUCAAGGGGGGUGAGAGGCAGGUGUUUCAGGAGGGUAGAGAGGGCAGGGAGGGGGGUACGAAGAACGAGUUUGUUGUGGGUCAGGAGAGGGGGAGAUUUGAGAGACCUAGUCAGGAGUUUAAGGUGCCGGUGGGUGAGGUGAGGGGUGCAGAGUUCAGGGAGGGGAUUGAGAGAUCACCGGGGAGAGAGGGGUACAAGGAGCACAGGGUGCAGGGGUUCGAGGUGCAGGGACUGGAGGGGAAUAAACUUCUGGAAAUUGCUGGGGGUACCAGGGGAGAUGGCAGAAGUGAGCACACCGUGAAUAUCAGUGAAUUUGCUAAGGGCAUUGGGGAGGGGAUGAAACAUCCUGUUGCCAGGAAGGUAGUGGUGGGAGGACCUGGGUUCAGGUCGCCAUCGCCAAGCACUGGGAAACCACAGGCCGAGUUUCUACAGCCUGUUAGUGGACAUGGCUCUAAUUAUAGCAGUGUUAAUGAGGAAGGUCGAAGUGUUUGCGGUUUCUGCAACAAAGUCUUCAACAAACCAAGCCAUUUACGUCUCCACAUAAACAUUCAUUACUUUGAGAGGAGAUUCAGGUGUGAGAGCUGUGCAGUAUCAUUUCGCACUAAGGGCCACUUAACAAAGCAUGAAAGAUCAGUGUCUCAUCACAAUAAAGUCAGCAUGACGUCAACAUUUGGAGCAGCCACAACGAGCAAUCCCCGGCCAUUUAAGUGUGAGGACUGUAAAAUUGCGUUCAGGAUUCACGGACACUUGGCCAAACAUCUCAGGAGUAAAAUGCACAUUAUGAAGCUCGAGUGCAUUGGAAAAUUACCCUUUGGAACUUAUGCGGAGAUGGAGAGAUCUGGGGUUAAUCUCAAUGAUAUUGAUACUACCGAUUGUGAUAAUAGUCUCUCUAGUCUACAGAUACUCGCCUAUAAACUGUACGAGAAGGAUCCAAGCAAAAUGGGCCAAUGGGACCCCGAGAUGGGUCCCCCAAACAUAGCAAGCGGUGGUGAAACAUCCUCAGACGAGGGUGAACCCAUUUUACCUCCAGUAAUUCACCAGUACCCCCCACCCCCCUCAGAUAUCGAGGCAUCACGUGCAUAUCAUAUGUCAACAUUAGUUAAUACAAAUGAUACAAAGCAAAUUGGUGAUUUACAUGUGCCAAACACACGGUUCGACGAUAAUUCAUUGCCCUACAAGUGCCAAAUAUGUCCAAGAUCAUUGAGAACAGUCAAUGAAUUGCAAGUGCACUGUUAUGUAGAGCAUGGUGAUCGUGGAAAGGAGAAUACACAGACGAGAAUUAGUGAUGAGAUUGUUUUAGCGCGUGAGGACCAAUCGAGACAGAAAAAUGAUGAUACAUAGUGCCAAAAUUACGCUCUCGAGCGGCCAUACACAAUGUUUGUUUUGUAAAUCGAGGGAAUUGAGAUUAUUAUUUCUCAUCCAUCGAUUUUAUUCCCAUUUCUUCAUUGAGUUAAUCCCAGUGAGGACGAGUUCAGGACUCGUCUUGUGCAGUAUGAAACUGCUUCAGGUUUUUUAAAAUCAUUUUUCAGGAUUUUUGGGAUUAUUCAAGCUACAUGAUCAUUUUUGUUGUUUAUUUUUUAAGAAAUAUGUCCAAAUCGGUAGGGGAUUGACAAUUUUAUGGUGAAAACUUUUUGUAGGAAAUUUAAUGCACUACAAAAAAGUCUGAUAACAGAUUACUCUGGGUUUAUUACUUCCGUUGUUAUUUGAGAAUUAAUCGAAGCUAUUUUUUUUUCUAUCGAAAUGAAAGGGAUUACUUCUGGUUCUGUAUUAAUUUUUCGCCAAUAUCUCGGGAUCUGUGAAAGGUGGAGAGAUUUUAGCGGAGUUUUCUUUUAGUUGAGAGCAUUUCCUACUAGGGAUUUUUCAUACAUUUCUCACUAUCUCCCUCAGAUUUCAAGAUGUUAUCGAUUCUGUCUCACCACUUCAGUAUCGAAUCAGAACAUUUCAUCGAAAAUAUGUGAGAAACAUUAUCUCUUCCCAGCACUCGUGAUUUUCCAUCAAAGAAAAUAUAUACAUAUUAUAUUAUACAUGAUCGAAUCAUCGUGAUGAAAUUUUAGUUGAUAAACAAAACAAGAAAUAUUUAUAUACGAAAUUUAAUUUUUAAUCAACUGAAAUGAAAAAUCCCUGAAUAAAUGAAUUUAGACGACUUAAGGUGCAAUUACUCUGACUGGCAUGUGAUUGACUUCAAAGUGCAAAAACAAAAAAGAUUAAUAACUGUGCAACAAACUGAAUAUUGAACACUCGAUUUUUCAGUGAAUAGAAAUUUAUAAAUAUAUCCUAUAGAUGAAUAUAUACAUAUAUUUGUAUGAUAUUCCGAGGAUUGAGUAAUUGUUUGGGUGAUGAGUAAGUCUGUAUAAAUUUAUGUAAAUUAUUAGUUGAUUAAGGCGAGAAACAUUGUAAGAUAGACUAGUGGUUGAGUGAGAUAAAAAUUAUGAGCAAUUCAGGCAUCUUCAAUUGAAUAAUAACUGUAGUCCUCUGAGCUGGAGGAUAAUUAUCGUUGAACAACGUAAAACGUUCGUCUGAGAGGUAAAAAGUUGGGAAUAAUGAAUGGGAAAUUUUUAGCCAAGUGCUCAAGCACAGACUACGUCUUUCCUUAGCAUAAUCAUCACACGUCAGAUAAUCAUGUAAAUCUCGUACCUAACUGUUAAUGUGCUUGAGUGGGUGAUACAGGUGUUUAAUAAUUUAUCACGACAACUGUACAACGAGGGAAUGAUUGAGUGGAAAUAACAUAAAUCUGUUGCCAAAACGAUAUCAGUGUAGCUUAGAUGAAUUGAGGGAAUCUGAGAAUGUAGAUUUUUUGGUGUAAUAUCCGUGAGAUGAUGAUUGCGGUGUGAAGUGGUGGGAGAAUAGGGCGCAUUCGUCACGUCUCUUGCCAGUUCAUUCCUGAAUUAUGAAAAAACCCAAAUCACAAAUUAUUGUAAGAGCUUCCAAGAUGUGUACGUGUGCAUGUGUCCAACAGUGCCAAGCCAAUGGUGAAAUGUAACAUCAACAGAGCAUUACUUCUAUUUUAAAAGGGCUAUUGCGAUUUAAAAUGUGCUAAUUAACAUAUCAAGUGAUGGUAAUGAUUUAUAGAUGAGAAUUUAUUGAUUUUAGAAUGAUUACGAAUAUUUUUUGAAGAACAUUGGAUGAUAAUUCAUGAUUUAUCGCAGGCAAAACGUUGGCUUGGCUGCUUCCAGAGUCAGUAUUAGUAACUCUCAACUGAAUAUUAAAAAAAGAAAAUUUGUAUUUCGGUGUUUUUCUUUUGAGUUUGCGUCUCAUGUUCUCGAGAUAACUUCAUUAAUUUGUCAAUGGAGUCUCGGAGAGCCCUCGAUACAACUAUUUUUUAUGGAUAUUAUUUAAAUUUUGUAUCAAUCAUCAGCCAGAACAAUAUUUCCGAAUAUUGGGUAAUACAUCAGCAAUACGUGAGACCACUGAACCGUAGUUUUUUGUAUCGUAAUCGUGUAAAGAUCAUAGAUCUUUAAGAUUUUAUAUAAAAACUUUACUCAAUCAAUUGUAAAAUAAGUAUGAAAAGUAUCAAAUACUUUUCAUUUCACCUAGAUUCAUUGAUAGAGUGACAAAUCCUAAAUUAUCAAUUUCAUUGGAACCAAAGUUUGGCUUUUGCCAGAUUGAUAUCAGAGAUGGGACCGGAGUUUAAAACAAUUUUAUAAAACUUAUUGUAUACUCAAGCGGGGGGAAUAAUCUAAUCGUAAAUGAUUGUAAAUGAAUUUAUGGCCCAGUGGCUCAUGAGUGCUGUUGUUAAUUAUUUCUUCCUCAUCGUAAUGAAAAAAAUGAAAGAAACCAACUCUGUUACAUUACUAACGAGAAUGUAAUUUAUUUAUUGUAAAUAAAAGAUACAUUGCCUAAUGAAUUAAA